GCCGCGCGGUGGAGCCACCCCGCCGCCGCCGAGGGCGUCGAGCCCCCCGCGCGCGAGUUCGCCGCGGUCGCCGAGAUACCAGGCGCGGAGCCGCCCGCCCUGCUCGUGCACGGCGGCCACUGCCAGCGCGCCGGGGGGGCGCGGGCGCACGCCGUGUGGACGGGUGACCUCUGGAGGCUGGAGCUGCCCGGGGAGGGCGGCGCGCGGCGCGCCGCGUGGCGCGCGCUCGCCGCGGGGGGCGUGGGCCCGGGCAUCCGGGCCGUGCACGACGCCUGCGUGCUGGGGGGCAGUCGAUCUCCUACUCGAACUUCGUGGUGCACGGGGGGCUCAAGCCCGAGGGCUACCGGGACAACGACACGUUCGUGUUGGACCUGCACGCCAGGCCGCUGA